AUGAGAACGAACACAGGGCUCGAGAAGGAGCAGGCAGAGGCCAUCAAGAGGUUGUUGAAGGAUCUUAAAGCCGAGCUUGCUCUCCUUCGUGUUGCUAAGGUCACCGAUCGUGCUCUCGACAAGCUCUCUAAGAUCAAGGUGCGGAAGGUUUUAUUGAGGGAGGCACACAAGAAUAAGAAGCUCUUACCUCUCGAUCCGCAUCCCAAGAAGACUCGAGCCAUCCGCAAGAGGCUUACCAAGCAUCGGCUAUCAUUGAAGACCGAUCACGAGAAGAAGAGGGAAAUGUACUUCCCAAUGAGAAAGUAUACCAUUAAGGUGUAG